CGACCCGGUACGUCUGAACGAAGAAUGAAAAUACUUCUGUCCCUUUGUUUGUUGUGGAGUUUGGUUUGUCUUGCAGUUACAAUCGAUGCGGUGAGUUUGUAUUUGUUUCCUAAUGCCCAUGAAAAGUUUUCAUCCCAUUGUACAACAGAACCGUUAUUAAAAGAUUGCAUCCAUCAUACAUGUAGUUUCGCGUGAUCGGAAAAAUUUGGAAGCGUGGCGUUGCUUUCAGAAUUUCACUGUCGACGUAACGAAUUUGCUUUUACUCACUUUUUACACUAGAUAUUCUUUAUCUUUCAUACCGUUUGCAGCCUUAUUAAACUGGCGACACGACAAUUUUCCGUGAUUUGUUUUGUGUCCCACAUACAGUAAAACAAAGGCCCAAUUGUUUCCAGCAGAUCACCAAAGGCCCAUUCCAGAUGAUAGACUCAUGAUAACCGAGCGACAUUAUUUUACAUAUAUUCAUAGUACAGUAAUCAGAGUAAUAGCUUUCACAAUAAAUGCUGUUUAGCAAUAUAAUUCUGUAAGCACAUAAGAUUAAUGCCCCUCGCCCCCAACAGGCUUUAAGAAUUUUCAAGUAUUCAAUGAGUGUUCGAGUAAUUAUGAAUUCCGUUUCUUUCUCCGGUUGACGCACCCAUAUCACCUAGCCUUGGCCUGCUGAAGAUGACGAACUGCUUCAAACUCAAAACAAAGGUUUGUUGGCGAUUAUUCUCACUUCUCCCCAGUGACGCCAAUGGAUGAAUGCUCCUAUACUGCAAAGCAAUUAUAAAGCUGGGUUGGGAGGUAGUGUCAUUGCGAAAAAGAAAGAAAAGUACUGAUAUAGUGAUCAUAUGUAGGAUUUUUACAUCACUGACAUUGCCUCAAGCAUCUUCUCAGGGGGCCCUGAUAAACGAAAAAACUUGAAAAGCAUUAGUUUUACUGCUUUGGUAAUGAUAAGGGUAAGUUAGCACUAUCCUAAUUCUCAGAUGGUCCCUGUGUCUCAGCCUGGGAACAGGUUCUGCAGUGGGGAAAAAGGCAAAAAACGGGGUCAAAUAGGAAAAAUAUUGGCAAACAAAGCGAGCUGAGCAGUGGACCCUUUCCCCUCCCCAGACUACCCCUCGGCUUGCGUCGCUUGCUGAUUUUUUCUCCUUUUCCACCAAUGAAGGGCCUGGUCCCAGGCUAGGUGUCUCAGUGCAAGGUUAUCCUGGCUCUUAACUGCAACCCUUUGUCAAGAAAUUUCUAAAUAAUUUUUACAAAAUGCCAAGGUAAAGGGGGAACUGUGCACCCACCCCCCAUAACAGCCACACCUCGAUCAGCAUCCACUACUGAAACAAAAUGGUCCAUGCACGGCAGCCAGGGCCUUUUGACAGAUUUUUUACGUAUGCAGUGGAACCUCAAUUGAAUGAAGGGUCAAGGGACUGGCAAAAUGUGUUCGUUAUAUCAAGGCUCUUUUCCAUACAUCUUACUAUGACUGGGGAAAAGAAAAUCGUUUGUUAUACUUCAAGGACUUGGUCAUCUAGAGGUUUGUGAUAUCAAGGCUCCAGUGUAGGUUUUUUUUGUGCAUGAAGUGCUGUCCAUGUGGAAGAAAUGGAGCAAUUAUUUGGAGUGUAUGCAGUCAGUUCAUCAGCCACCUAUCUGUGAAAAACUUAAAUGAAUUGAGCCAAAGAUAAAUUAUUAUGAUUCUCACAUGACCAAACAAAUGUUAGGCUUUCUUGGUAGUAUCUCAUAUAACCAUACAGAGAUUUUUUGUACAUGGGUACUCAGGUUAUUUUCUAUGGGCCAUUGUUAUCGCAUAUUGUCCAUUUUCACUCACAUUGUAACAAAAUAAUAGACCCUAUCAUAGUUUUUCCGCUUUUGACAUGGACCUGAGUGUAAUACAAAAAGAUGUUUGUAUUGUGGCAUUGUAGGGGGCAAGUUUGUGACCCCCCCUCCCUAUAAAUGAGCCUCUGUAAACUUUUGCGACCUUGAGGAGCUAUAUCUUUGUUAUUUUUUAACAAAUCUCUUUCAAACUUGGCAAUUUUGCUAAUUUAAAGGUGCUCUUUCCAGCAGAGAUGAGAGAUUUUCCCUUACUUGUAUAAUUUACUCAGAAAAAUCAUCAUUUCAAUCUUUGUGUCUUGAAUUCUGAUUUUAGAUCCAUGUACCAAUAUUCUAUGUCAUGCCGGCCAGGAGUGUGCUGUUGUAGGUAGAAAUGCUGCCUGUAAUUGCAAGAAAUCAUGUCCUGAGAGUGAAAAUACAGUGUGUGGAUCCAAUGGGAUAACGUUUCCCAACCACUGUGAGCUGCACAGGACUGCCUGCUUGGAGGGAAAAAAGAUCUCCAUCAAGCAUGAUGGGACAUGCAAAGGUGUUUACAAUACCAUUAGUCUGCUUUUUAGUCCAGUGGGAACUCUGGUUUUUUUGAUGCACAAAGUUUUUUGGGGGGUGUGAAAUUUUUCAUUCCGCAAUUUCUGAUUGGGUAGGAAUUUGAAUAAUUUUCACAAGUAGUUUUUCUGUGGCUUGAUUUCAUUAGGAACUUUUGGGGGGUAUUCAAAACUAAUUCAAACAUUCAUAAUACUGCCUACCUUUCCUUUAAUCAGUAUAGAUCUCUUCCCUAAUUAGUAGGAUGUGUAGAGGAAUUCUAACAGUGCUCGUGUAGUCGAACCUCUGCCAGUACCACCUCCCUACAGUGGCCUUCUCUUCACAGUGGCCCCUGUUUUUUCCCCUGCAUAAACUCUCUUUUUUUAUCCUCUCCUACAUAAUUUGGCUAGUUUGCUCUUUCCUAAAGGUGGUUGUUGUGUAAGAGAAUACGGUGUUCCAAAGAACUAACAAAACAAAGCCACCUGAUUUGAAGGGUAAUAAUUAAGUGCUAAGGCCCUGUUUGUGCUAAGCAAAAUUUUGUUUGUUUGACGCAAUAAAAAAAUCUGCCAACAGAAAGCCAUUUCUAAUGCAAACAAGUUUUUUCAACAACCAAAGUUUUGUCGGCUCUCAUGAAAGUUCAAAGAUGCCAUAAUUUGAGAAGAUUGGGAGGCCUACAAUUUUUUGUCAGGCGACAAACUCAUUAUUUUGUUCCUUGAGAGCCAUCCUUCUUCAGGUCAUCUUAUUUCAUGAACGUGACCAAUUAAAGGAACUUUAAUGAUGUUUCUGUUUAGACAAAAACUUUCGAGUGUCUCUGAUGCAACCAAGGUGGCAAAAACAAAAAAUUGUUGAGUACAAAAUUUUCAAAUUCUUUGCGGGCGCCAAACUCUAUUUUUUGUCGUAGUGUGAACUGGGCCUUACUUAACUUGCAGCUGAACUUAUGCCUAGCAUUCUCUCGACAGCACUAACUUUUUUUCUCAUGGUGGGUAUACAUUCUUAUAAUUUUUGUCUUUGCAAUGGCCAAUUCACUAUUUCCCCAAAAUGGUUGUUUUGGAGAGGCUGUAGCCUGCAUCACUGACACCGGCUGAGGUGUAUCAAGAAACUAAUAAUUUACCCAACUGAUAUUUUUUUAACAACAGGACAACCAACCCAUUCUCCUCCUUCUGCAAAGGUUAAUAAGUCAAAACCAGGUAAGUUUAUCUUUUGUUUUUUUUUUCAAGGAUAGCUAAUGAAAGGGUGUAAAAUGAUGCACCCUAACACUCGUCUACACUUGUUCAUGCCUAUACAGUCCGGAUUUCUUGAACCCUUGGUUUUCCAAACUGCAAUUAUUCUAACCAAAAGUGUCCUCCCUUUUCCAGUCAACCACUGAUGAUAAUUUUACCUCCAACUUUUCAAAUGACCCAAUUAUCUGAACCAAUAUACUUCUCCCUUAAUGGUUUCAAAAAUCGUGUUGCUCCUGUAUGUGUCAAAAGUCAAAAUUAAAUGUUAUUAGAUGGUUAACAUGUUCUCUACUAAAUCUAAUAAGCUCUGGAGGUUCAGUACCUAGGUUCAUAAGGUGCAGGGAGUUACAAAUCAUUAAGCUAUUUAAAAUUAUUGUACCUCAUAGCCAUCAGAAGUGUCAUAUUUGUGUAAUAUUACUUUAUUCCCAUGAGCUUUGCGAGAUUCUGCGAAAAAUAUGCAUAUUUCUAGUAAAAUGAACCUGCCCUUGUACACCAGUAUUGGGUACGCAUUAAAUUCAUAUGCCAUCUGGAAAAUGUCAUUGUCUUAUUGAUCUUUUAGUUGUCUGUUAUGAGCAUGACCGUGAUGAAAUACGCAGCCGUCUAAUUGGAUGGUUACAGCGCCAAGAUACAUCCCUGAAAGGAGUUGAAGGGUACAAGAAUCUCCUAAAGUUUUUCUUUGACUUGGUUGAUAAAAACAAGGAUGGAAAACUUGAUGCUACUGAGUUCAGAGAAUUUGUUGCUGCAAAUCAAUCAGCUGAUGAGGUAUUACCCUUAUUGAUAUAUGUCUGACUUGGCUUAGCUGAUAGGUAGCAAUCAUUAUUAUCAAAUCUUUGAUACCUCAUUUCAAUAUGCCCAUUCUCUACACUGUUCUGAAUCUCAGUCUGAUCCCAAAAGGUAGUAUAUUCAGAUGUUGUUGGUGACUUUCCUGGGCUUUAGUCGGGUUUGGUGGCUUCAUUCACACCUUCCUAGAUAAGUUGAGAUCAUGACAGUUUUCACAUGUUUAAAAUGUAGGUUGCCAGCAUGGAAGAGUACACCAACCCCAUCCUGCAAAAAUUGUGCGCCGAUGCUCUGAUUUCAAUUAGUGAUGAGGAUUCAGACGGGGAACUAAGUUUUCAUGAGUUCAUGAAAUGUUUGAGUUCAGGUGUGUAUCAGGAGUCACCAUAAAGUAAAUCCCAAAUAAUAAAUAUUAGGAGGCUCAUUUCUUUCAAGCAAAUUUGAUCAGGGGGAGCCUACUAGAGAGGAGGGUUUUAUUUAAUGUAGCGACACAGUGGUAUCAGAGAAAGGUAAGGAACCAGACUGGAGUUAUGGUCAUACUCUAAUUCCUGUUUUGGGUAAUGGGAAUGGCUGUUUGACGGAGAUUUAUAGGUGACAUAAAUUGCUCCUUACUCUAAGCAAGGCAAGUUUUAUUGUAUUCAAUAUUAUUUUGUGUAUGUCAGAAGGAAGUGCUAGGAGAGGGGGAGGGAGGGGCUGUGACAAGGAGUGGUUCAGUAAAACUGCAUGCAGUAUUUCCAACAAAAACAGUAAAGAACGAUUAUUUUUUCUUAAUGCUUUUUUGCUUACAUAUGUUAACGAAUGCUUGAAUUUAUUGCUAGAAGAGAUAAUGAUUACUAUUAUAUUUUAUCACUAGUGAGAACUUAUCAUUUGACUUUGUAAAUUAAUUCAUUGUCUAAGCAUUAGAAUUAGAUUUACCAGUUCAUACCAAUGCACUGAAGCUAGAGGCUUAUAUGGUGAGAACUGUUUAGCAAAGAAGACACUCAGACAUUUCUUCAUUGAUGCUAAUAUAUAUUAUGAACAAACUUUUUAUCUUACAGAAUUCAAACCAACAAAGAAAGGUAGUGUAGUUACUAUAUUUUUAAUGUAGAAAACAUGAUUCUCUCUCUUCCCUUAAAGGUUUUACUGAGUUUUCUUCUUUAACUGUGAGUCAGUUAAAUGCACUAAAAAACAAUAUAACCUUGCCAUGCAAUAAUAUGCAAGAAAGAAGUGUGAUGUGCAGUUUACAUAAGCAGGUAUUUUUGUUGUUCAAGUGAUUUAUUUGUGUCAUUUUAAUCAUUUUAGAUUGUGAGCUGGACGAUGAGGCUUAUGGAGAUGGCUCAGAGAUUCCAACCAGUGAUUGUAACACCUGGUAAGACCAACAUUGGGAAUUUCAAUUUGGUAUUGAACAGUCAUCUAAUUCAUAAUCAUUUUUAAUACGUAAUAUAAAUCAUUAUUGAGAUUGCCAAUGUUUUGCUCAUCAUUAAAAUUCAUCAGAACUAGGCCAAGCCCGUCCACUGUGAAAGUCCAUGUAAGCUACUGAUAAAUUUCUCUAGUAGAUAGAACCCUCUUAACUGCAAAAUAUGACAUUGUAUAGUUCCAGAAGUAAUUGUAUAUAGUAAAAUAACUACUGUGUCAUGUGAAAAGUUGUAUUCUAACUGUUGUGUCAUUCCAGUGUCUGUGCUUGUGGGCAGUGGGUCUGUACUACCUUGAAAUGUGAUGGUGAGUAAAUACCAUUAUUGUCAUCAUCUUGCUCAUGGUUAUCAUAACCAUCAUUAUCACCAUCACCAUCAUCAUCAUCAUCAUUAUCAACAACGUCACAUUUGUUGACAUCAACAAUGUCAUCAUCAUUACCUUGAACUUAAUUUCCAUAUAUAACAGCUUUCGUUUGUGUAAGAUUAUCUCCAGCUGAUGCUGUGAAAAUGAAUAACGUUUAUGAAUAUUGCAACAGUUUUGAUGUGUCCUGCAUGUUUGGUAUGGUGUUUGUAAGCUAUCCCUGGCCAUCACAGAUACUAUGGAUCAGGAAGCAAUGAGAAACUUAACACACCAACUGACACUGCUUUGCUUCAAAGCAAAUCUUCUUUUACACGCAACGUUCUGUUUCAACCUCUCAGUGAAACAACACUGGCUUUUGAAAAAGGUAAGGAGGCUUGGAAAGGCCGGUUGGAAUGACAAUGAAAACAGCAAUAAAAAGGACAACCUGGGAUCCCCCUUGUCUUUAAUUUUUGGAGAGCAAGUGAGACACAGCCCCCUGCAGAUGUGCAUAAGGAUUUGAAAAAAAGAGUUCCUGAAUUAUUUUCGGGAAUGUUGCAAGGGCAAAAGAAUGAUCAAUUUUUAUGUACCUGGCUGAAGCGAUAAAAAGUGAAGCAAAGUUACUUGGGGUUUUAUUUUUUUAUGAACUUUGGUUAACGAAUCCAAACCCUCUUCAGACGUCUCGUCAAGGGGAUGUCAUCUGGUUCCCCUAUGCUACGUGUAACCUACAAUCAGGGAAUAAGUGAAUUAAACUCUGUUAAUAAUAUAUUUUCCGAUUCUGAUUUAAAAUCAUAUUAGCUUUUAAUUUUAUACCCCUACCUUCAUCCUUAUGUGCUUCUUCUUCUUUGCCACUUCUCAGGGAGUGAGGGGAAUCUGGCAAGUGCUGAGACAAGUGAAGAUGAAGUGGAGGGACAGAAAUUCAUCGUGAAUGGUGAGGAAGCCGAAGAGCAGCUUACAAGAGGAGUCAUUCAACGUGAAGAAAAACUAAUUCAUCAACAUCAAAGAAAGGUCCUUCCGCUGUAUAAACCACGGCAACACCAAAAGCACAGAAAACAUGGCAAACAUGGCUCCCGGGCGAGAAACUUUAGAGAUGAGUAACUUGAGGUGUCAAAGACGGUUUAAAAGGGAGAAAAAAACCGGCCAAAAAGCAAUGCUGUUGCAUAUCAUAUUAGUUUGGAAACUACAAAAGAAUCUAUAUCAAUUUCACUUAAUGUUAUUGCACUCUUAUAACACUUGAAUAAAUGUUUUUUGUUUAUGAGGAUCACUUGUUUUAUUUCAGUAUUAGUUAUUAUCUCAAACAGCAUCAAGUCCUAAACUCUUAACAAAAGUAAGCUAGGAACAGAGGCACAUUGCAAACUUGUGACAACAAGCAGGGAUUGAAAGGCUCUAUCACAAUUUCUAAUGUCAAUGUAACUCAGCGGUGCACAAGGAACAAGCCUUUUAUAAAAGGUUAUGUACCAAGAUGUUUCCAUACCUGUAGCUCUAAUUAUGUCAUGAACUGGUGUGACCAAUUAUAGGGCAAAUAUAAAUUUAUUUGAGAAUUUCCUAAUGCAAGUAACCACAUCAGCUUGCUAUUUCUGUUUGAACAACACAUAAGUUCGAGUAAUAGGAUAAACUGUUUGACAUUUGCAAAUCCAAACACUUUUUACAGUGUAUCAUGUUU